AGAAUGAGUACGUAAAUAACGACAACAUUCAAAUGUUCGGAUAUUCUUCGUUUAAGCUCGUGUUCGUAUGUGCAUUUUUAUUCAGAGGGAAAAGUAUAUUGUUUUUAAGAAAACAGUUCAUAAAAAAAUUGCAAAAACUAAAAGUUGUUUCCAAAACUAAUUGAGUGUUGUGGGGUUUAACGCCUAAGUCACGAAAAUGAGUUAUAUGCCAGCUCAAAACCGUACAAUGUCCCAUAAUAAUCAAUAUAAUCCACCGGAUUUGCCUCCGAUGGCGUCGUCUAAGGAGCAAACAUUAAUGUGGCAACAAAAUUCUUAUCUAGUGGAUUCUGGUAUAAAUUCGGGUGUAGUCACACAGGCGCCAUCUUUGUCCGGCAAGGAAGAUGAAGAGAUGGAAGGCGACCCUCUAAUGUUUGAUUUAGAUACCGGUUUCCCCCAGAAUUUUACGCAAGAUCAAGUCGAUGACAUGAAUCAACAAUUAAGCCAAACACGUUCUCAACGUGUUCGCGCGGCUAUGUUCCCAGAAACAUUAGAAGAAGGUAUAGAAAUACCGUCUACCCAAUUCAAUCCGGGCCAGCCUACUGCAGUACAGCGUUUGGCUGAACCAUCGCAGAUGUUAAAACACGCCGUGGUGAACUUGAUCAACUAUCAAGACGAUGCUGAACUUGCUACGCGGGCCAUACCAGAACUUAUUAAAUUGCUAAAUGAUGAGGAUCAAGUGGUAGUUUCCCAAGCAGCUAUGAUGGUUCAUCAAUUGUCGAAGAAGGAAGCUUCUCGUCAUGCCAUCAUGAAUAGUCCUCAAAUGGUGGCUGCGCUUGUUCAUGCCAUUUCCAAUAGUAACGACUUGGAGAGUACAAAAGCCGCUGUCGGAACCCUUCAUAAUUUAUCGCAUCAUCGUCAAGGUUUGCUGGCAAUAUUCAAGAGCGGAGGUAUUCCAGCUUUGGUUAAACUUUUGUCGUCUCCCGUAGAGAGCGUUCUUUUUUAUGCAAUAACAACAUUGCAUAACUUAUUACUGCAUCAAGACGGUUCUAAAAUGGCCGUUCGUUUAGUUGGAGGUUUGCAAAAAAUGAUUACUUUGCUGCAACGCAACAAUGUAAAAUUUUUGGCUAUUGUUACCGAUUGCCUGCAAAUUCUUGCGUAUGGCAAUCAGGAGAGCAAAUUAAUUAUUUUGGCCUCUGAUGGUCCUAACGAAUUGGUGCGCAUUAUGCGCUCAUAUGAUUACGAGAAGCUAUUGUGGACUACGUCACGAGUAUUAAAAGUACUUUCGGUAUGUUCAAGCAAUAAACCAGUUAUAGUUGAAGCUGGCGGUAUGCAGGCUUUGGCAAUGCAUUUGGGCAAUGCUUCACCACGGCUGGUGCAGAAUUGCUUAUGGACAUUGCGUAAUUUAUCCGAUGCCGCCACUAAGGUUGUCGGUUUGGAGGGUUUGCUUCAGUCUUUAGUUCAAGUAUUAGCAUCUACAGAUGUAAAUGUGGUGACAUGUGCUGCUGGGAUUUUAUCGAAUCUCACUUGCAACAACCAGCGUAACAAAGCCACAGUGUGCCAAGUUGGCGGUGUUGAUGCUUUAGUGCGUACCAUUAUCAAUGCUGGAGAUCGGGAAGAAAUCACCGAACCGGCCGUAUGUGCUUUGCGUCAUUUGACAACGCGUCAUGCUGACUCGGAUAAAGCUCAAAAUGCAGUACGUCUCAAUUAUGGUUUAUCAGUAAUUGUAAAACUUUUACAUCCACCUUCACGUUGGCCACUAAUUAAAGCUGCCAUUGGCCUGGUACGCAAUUUAGCAUUGUGUCAGCAAAACGCUGCACCUUUACGAGAACAUGGAGCCAUUCAUCAUUUAGUGCGUUUACUAAUGAGAGCUUUCCAGGACAUUGAACGCCAACGUUCUUCUGUAGCAACGACUGGCUCACAGCAACCAUCUGCUUACGCUGAUGGUGUCCGUAUGGAAGAAAUUGUCGAAGGUACUGUGGGUGCCUUACAUAUUUUAGCACGCGAACCUAAUAAUCGAACUUUGAUACGUCAGCAGUCGGUAAUACCAAUAUUUGUACGCUUGCUAUUUAACGAAAUUGAAAACAUACAGCGUGUUGCUGCUGGAGUACUUUGUGAACUCGCAAACGACAAAGAAGGAGCUGAAAUAAUUGAACAAGAAGGCGCCACCGGACCUCUUACCGAUUUACUGCAUUCACGCAACGAGGGCGUUGCCACUUAUGCGGCUGCUAUUCUAUAUCGCAUGAGUGAAGAUAAACCCCAGGAUUACAAAAAGCGUUUAUCGAUUGAAUUAACUAACUCGCUACUACGCGAAGAGACAAUAUGGGGUAAUGCUGAUUUGGGAAUGGGUCCAGAUUUACAGGAUAUGCUUGGCCCCGAACAAGCAUAUGAGGGCCUCUAUGGACAAGGUCCACCGAGCGUUCACAGCUCCCACGGCGGUCGCGCAUUCCAACAAGUAGAAAAAAAUUGUCAUUUUCAAUGUUUGUACCCAUCAUCGAAGAGUGCAAAUGUAGUGCUUCCGUCAUUCUGUUUGCAAGGAUUGGAAAUAUCUAUAAAAAAUCCAUAAAGUAUAAAUAUCAGUUCAUUCUCUAUACUUCCAUCUGCCUCUUGUUUCUCCAAAAUUGGGUUUAGAGAUUGAAACUAGGUAAAUAUUUUCUUAAUCGCUGUGAAAAAUUACUUUCGAUUAUGUGCUGAUUAAGACAACAAGUAUGAUUGCAAGAUUGAAGUCAUCUCAAUGAAAAAUUUGAAAAUGGUCUUGUCAAUAAUUUACUGAAGAAUGUCCGCCUACGAAAAUGGUAUGCAACAAUACAAUUUUUUUGGGAGCUGUGCGGCAUUCAAUUUGUACGAAAUAUGUGCCGAUUCCGUGAAAAGUUCCAUAAUUGGUUAAUUUGGGUCGUCGUCCUUAUCGUAAAAUGUACAAAACGUGGAAUCAUUCUGGUUGGUUGGACUUAUGUAAUGACUGUAACUUGGUAUUAGCGCAACUGGAAUGGAAAUUCUCAUGUGAAGAUGACUUUACGUAAUAUUGCAAAUAAUUUUCGAAGGCUACGGUCCCAUGGUGAAAAAAUUUAGAAAAAUUAACAUUACGAAAUAAUUUCGAACCAAGCAGACGUGAACAGCUAUUCUUAAGAGAAGGAUGAAUUUUAUAUAAUAACGAUCUUGAUCGAUCCAGCGACAUAU